AUGCACUUGCAGGUACACAGUGUAUUAAACUAUCUGAGCAACCAUGCUGGCUGCAAGGCUGGUGUGCCUGAGGGCGUUAUCAUGCCAGACUAUCCGCCCCACCAUUACUCAGGCUUCUCCAUCUUUGAGGAACUCCAAUAUAAAAGCAUACAGACUGUGGCAACCUAACCAGUGUUAUACCACCAGAGUAAGAACGGGUGUAAGGCGUCGAAAAAUUGGCCAGGAGAUGAAAGAAGCAGCAUUUGAGCCAUCUGCAGAAACAGCACUUAAAGCUGAUCGCCUGGGGAAAUUUAUUGUUGCUGGAGGAGCUGCUGUUGGUUUGGGGGCCCUCUGUUACUAUGGAAUGGGCAUGUCCAGUGAGAUUGGAGCUAUUGAAAGAGCUGUCAUUUGGCCACAAUAUGUGAAAGACAGAAUUCACUCUACUUACAUGUAUUUUGCGGGAAGCAUUGGCGUGACAGCGCUGUCUGCUGUAGCAGUGAGCAGAUCUCCAGCACUCAUGAGCCUUAUGACAAGAGGCUCCUGGCUGGCAAUAGGUGCAACUUUUGCAGCUAUGAUUGGUGCUGGAAUGGUGGUCAGGUUCAUAUCCUAUGAAGAUAGUCCAGGAGCUAAGCAUUUGGCUUGGAUGAUGCAUUCAGGUGUCAUGGGUGCAGUGGUGGCUCCUCUGACCUUCUUGGGUGGUCCUUUGCUGAUCAGAGCUGCCUGGUAUACAGCUGGAAUCGUUGGAGGGCUCUCAACUGUGGCCAUGUGUGCUCCGAGUGAAAAAUUCCUGAACAUGGGAGGACCACUUGGAAUAGGCUUGGGCUUUGUUCUUGCCUCUUCAAUUGGAUCCAUGUUCUUGCCUCCUACUUCUGCUCUUGGUGCUGGCUUGUAUUCAGUAGCUGUUUAUGGUGGAUUGGUACUCUUUGGCAUGUUCCUGCUCUACGAUACGCAGCAUGUUAUCAAGCGUGCAGAAACUGUUCCGUAUUAUGGACCAAUAAAAUAUGACCCGAUCAAUGCGUGCAUGAGUAUCUACACAGAUACACUGAACAUCUUCAUUCGGGUGGCCACCAUGCUUGCGGGUGGUGGAAGUGGCAGGAAAACGUAAACUGAGACUCCUCUUUGCAGCUGUCUGACAGCCUCUCUAGUGCAUAUAGUAAAUAAAAAUUCAUGGUUACAAGCAAUUUCACUGCAAGUCAGAAGUUUAAAUCACUUCAGCACAUUGUUUCAGUGCAAUUCAGAUUCAGACUUAAAAGUUUCUAUUCAAAUACUUUCCAGCUCUGUGUUUAAAAUAGUAUGAACUGCUUCUAAUUGUAAAUUAUUUUGAGAAAGUAAAUUAUUUUUAAUAU